AACAGAUUUUAGAUAUGUCAAAUAAGUAAAAACAACAACAAUACAGACCAAUCUGUUCCUUUUUAUUUAUUUAUUUUCUCAAAAUAAGAAAGAUCAUAAUUCGGAAGUUUAUGAAUUGUUAUUUGGCUGUAAACAUUUAGUAUACAAGCCAUACACAAUGUGUUAUGUGAUAAUAACCGGUCGCAGUUUGGCUUGGUUACUAAUAAGCGUAGCAGCGUUUAUGCUAAUAGUUACUGGUAUUGUGACUCCUAAAUGGCUUUUAGGCCAGCCUAUAGUCACAAAUGAAAACAAUAUUACUGGAUUUUUUGUGCCCACUGUAGGGCUUUCUAAUCGUUGCAUACGAAUGGUCCAAGAUGACAACAGUUGUACUCCAUUUUCAUUUUAUGGACUUACAACAGACUCAACUAUAUAUCCAACACCUUGGAAAGCUGCAAUGUUCUUUUUAUCAUUAUGUGCGGCAAUACAAUUCUCAACUGUGCUGGCUGGAAUCUUUGCAUGUUGUGUGCAGUCUGUGUUUAAGAAAAGUGUGAUCUCACUUGCUGGUGCCACUCAAUCUCUAGGAGGUUUAUUUGGUGUGGUAGGACUUCUGCUGUAUCCGUGGGGUUGGGGUUCGCAGAAAGUUAAAAAACUCUGUGGUGAAAAUUCGGAGCCUUAUUUACCAGGAGAUUGUUCACUUGGCUGGGCAUUCUUCGUAGCAGCAAUGGGAGUGGCUCAAAUAUUCCUGGCCAGUGCAUUAUCAAAGUCCGCGGACAAAGCUGCUAAUUCCGAUAAAGUCCAGUUCCAAAUGGAUGAUGGGAAACAAUUAAUUUGUAUUGCUUAAUUUGUGUACGAGGAAGAAAAUUUCCUACCCAUAAUGAAAUAUUUGAUUAUCGCAAUGCAAUUAUAUCGUAACAUAUUUACUAAACUAUACCUCUUAUGUUUACAGUUUGUUGUACUAUUUUCGAUCAUGGGUAGGGAAUAUAUUUCCUUGACUGUAAACGAUAAUUUUGUAAACAAAUCCUUUAUUUUACGCACAGAAUUGUUUUUGAAAGUGUUUUAGUCAUUUGUUUUAGAACAAACAUGAUAUUAUUUUUUAAUUAUAAGUAAUAUGUCAAUAAUUUUAUAAUAAGCAGAUGGAUAUUUUUUUUAAAUAAUUUGCUUCUGAUUUAAUGAUGAUUACUUGAAAAAACUAACUUUAAAAGUAUUAUAGUAUGAAUGUAGUUAAUGAUUUUGAUAGUCUUGUGAAAACUAUGUAUAGUCUAACAAGGAUAUUUGCUAGGUUAGUCAGCUGUAAUAAUUUAGUUUGACUUAUGCCCACCGGUUCAGAUAUCUUUGUUGGACUAUAACUUGACAUCAAAUCUUUUUGGAAUCUCUAUAAAAUAUGUUAAAAAUCGCAUUUUGUGACACUAGCUAUUGCUCGCGACUACUCGC